UGCGUUUUCAUUCGCGGUUUGUUUUGUUUUCAGAAUUUGUUUUAAAUAAUUUAGACCGCCAUGGCUGUUGCUAAAAAGGAAAAGCCCGAGGUUAAAAAGAAAACCCCUGAAAAAGGAAAACAACAGAAAAACAAAGCUCCCCCCGCCACACCGCCUCCAAUCGCAAAACAAAGAACUGUGGUCACCCCUUGGCGAGACACGCUGGAAUUCCGGACGACAUACAACUGGUUAUUUGGCAAAACCUCGACGCCCGCCAACCGGCGUCAGGCGCUCAGUAAAAUCCGCAUUUGGAGCCUGCGAAGGGGAAAUCUCUGCCCGGCGGCGGUCAUGGCCACUUCGGUGCUCGUCCAGGCUCAACUGGAGGACCAGGAGGAUCAGGAGGGCAACUCCAAGAUACAGAACACCUACGCCAGUGCCUUCACGCGAUUCUACAACUUUAUGUCCUCCAUCAUGCAGGGCCACAGCAUGAGCAGCAUGUACGAAACGGCCAGGGAACUGGGACUCCAGUCGUUCAUCGUGGAUCUGCGGCACCUGUGCGCCCAUGGUCAGGAGCUGCCGCCCGUGCAGGUUCUCAGGAGCACCUCGGAGCACUGCCUGGAGUGGCUGCGCACCUACUACUGGCUGCCGCACAAGGAGAGCAUGUCCAAUUUGGAUGCCGGCAAGCUGCAGCGCAAGGACAAGCUGAAGUUCGAGAAGGCAGUGAGCAAUCUUCUAGAGAUCUACGACUUGACCCUGGAGUGCCACAUCAAAGGCGCCGAGAAACUGAAGGCCAUUAGCAAACUCAAGUCCAGCGGGGAAUUCAACAAGAUACGCGUUUACUCCUCCAGCAAGAAAGCCAAGUCCUCGAAGGAAAUACUCAGUGCGGUGGUAAAUGAUCUCGCUGCAUUGGUGAAAAAGGAGUCUUCUUCCAUGAAGGAUCUGCUGGAUAUCUAUCUAUCUUGCCUUCUUAAGAUGGAAUAUUUCCUGGCCAUUGGCCUCCAAAUCGACGACAACGAGGAUGUCCUCAUUGCAGCCACUCAGGACCUCUUUAGGCUACUGGCGGUGCAGGGAUACAUCGAAAAGAUGUUUGUCGCCUUGGUUCAGUUGACUGAAAACGAAAACGAGGCGGAGCAAAGACGACUGGGAGCCAGCUAUUGGGCCUCGAAGAUGAUUGAAUCCUUUGGUAUGCUGUUCCGCAUGAAGCGCAUGUACAAAGAGGAACUAGAUUUGAACGAUAAACUAAAACCAGUGGAUUUUGCAUCGCUCAACACGGAUAAGCUUUCGAAAACCAUGCGGAGUCUGCUUGUCCAUUCGAAUGUAGAUCCCUCGGUUACCCUUGUUUUUGGGGACAAUCCCAAAAAGUCCAGAUCCUUGGUUUUUGAGCGGGAGUUUAUUAUGCAACGCGUUGCUCCCUUCAGCAAAUACUCAGCGCCAAUACUUAAAGGAUUACUACCGUUGGCAGAUCCUCCCUUUAGCAAGUCGCAAGUGGAGGACUUGAGCAAACUCUGCGAUAUUAGAUUGGAGGAAUAUGAACACGAGGAGCCUAUGGAAGAAGACAGUUCUUCGGAGGAGAUUUAUAAUCUAGACUACUUGGAAAAGCUUCUGGCAAAAGCAGCUCAAAGUAAAGGCAAUAACUAUAGCAAUGGUGAAACAUCAGACUUGGGCAUUUGGAAAUUAGAAAAAGAUUACGAUUGGUCCAAAUGUGCGUUGGGAGUAUUACCUUGGGCUCAUUAA